UUGGUGGUGCCUUACCGUUGCUUUCUAAAGAACCUGCUACGGCCACAAGGAGUCACCGGUUAAACCAAGGAAAGAUGCCUCAUAACCCUUUGGAUUCCAGUGCUCCUUUGGUAAAGAAGGGGAAACAGAGAGAAGUACCUAAAGCAAAGAGACCAACACCUCUUAAAAAGAUUAUUCUGAAAGAAAGAGAACAAAGAAAAUUAGUGAGGUUUAAAGUGAGUUACUGCAGCCAGGUACUUAGUAAAGAAGUUGACAGUUGUGUGACAGAUCUCCUAAAAGAGCUCGUUCGUUUCCAAGAUCGUCUGUACCAGAAAGACCCAGUAAAGGCCAAGAUAAAGCGCAGACUUGUUAUGGGUCUUAGAGAAGUUCUGAAACACCUGAAGCUGAAAAAAUUGAAGUGUGUCAUCAUCUCUCCUAACUGUGAAAAGAUUCAGUCAAAGGGUGGGUUGGAUGAGACUCUGCACAACAUUAUUGACUGCGCCUGUGAACAGAAUAUCCCAUUUGUUUUCGCCCUCAACCGCAAGGCCUUGGGCCGCUGUGUGAACAAAGCAGUGCCCGUGAGUGUGGUGGGAAUUUUUAGCUAUGAUGGGGCUCAGGACCAUUUUCAUAGGAUGGUUCAGCUGACAACAGAGGCCAGAAAGGCCUACAAAGAUAUGAUAGCAGCUUUAGAGGAAGAAGCUAAAGCAGGACUGAGAGAAACCCAACCCAAUGUCUUAACCACUGAAUCUGAAGAAAAGGACUUGUCAGAAACUGUUAAAACAUCUUCCAAGGACUCCGAUGAGGAUGUACCAAAUUAUAUUAAAGUCUGGAAGAGAAAACUUGAAGAAGAAUAUAACCCAUAUGCACUGGAAUUGGAAAAGAGUGCAACUGCUGACAUGGCGAUAGUGAAUUUGGAAGAUCAUCAGUGA